AUGCUGCAGAAGAAGAGAGUAGCAAAGAAAAGCAUCUCUUCUGCAAUCGCUUUGUGCACAAAGUUAUUGCCAGAUCACCCGUGCUUGCGACCGAUCCCAAAUGGCAGUGAGCUCAUCCAAAACACGCUAGGAUUGUUGAAAAAUGGGGGUUCUGUAUCUCCGGCAUUGAACUCCACGGAUUACAUUGCAGACCGCGCCAGUGACCUGUCGGAGAUUCUUCUUCUUCUGGGGGAGAUAAAAGGGCACAUACCGCGUAUCUGCUAUGACACGAACGGCACCCGUUUUACGCAGAAACUUUUUGAUUACGUGAAGAGCGUGGACGAGUUGGAAUUUUGUGCGGAAUGCUUUUCGGAUUCGAUCAUACCGCUUUGCAAAGACAUUAAUGGUAGCCACAGUGUCGCCCGUCUUUUAGCCGCCGCGCGUCAGUCGAAUUUUUCUGACGAGAAUGGGAAGGUUGAUGCUGCCACUGAAGAGAAGCUAUCGGGGAUUCACAAAAUGCUUUACAAAAACUUUGCGGAAAAUUGCGUUGAUGUUUGCAGGAAUCGUCAGGGGUGCUGCAUUAUUCAAAAGUGUCUUCAAUGGACACCCGAGCCGUAUUUUUCCAUGAUUAUCGACACUGUUUUACAGAACACCCUUAAGCUCGUGAAUGAUCCCUUUGGUAAUUAUGUCGUACAAUUUAUUUUGGACAACGAGAAGGAGCUCUCGCAACGCGGCCAGUCAGGCCAAGAGGCUACGAACUACACGAAUCGAACGAUACGACAGAUGCUGCAUAAUGUCGCGUCACUUUCGUGCGACAAGUUUAGUAGCAACGUCAUUGAAAAGUGUUUGAGGACUGUUUCUUCGGAUGUGAGGCAACUUUUAGUAGACGAAUUGACGGACCCCCAAGUAUUGCCUAAACUACUGACUGACAGCUAUGCCAACUACGUUAUUCAAACAGCCAUUGUGACCUCUUCGGUGGAAAGUCAGUUUGAACAAUUGCGCGACUCUAUUAUGCCUCUUCAAAACUUAUUAAAGAAUUCACCUUAUGGGGUAAAGGUUGAGGCAAAGUUGGCGCGUCGACAACGGGCUUCUCUUCGAAAACAGGAACAUCAGAAGGAGCAGAGUCGACGGGGGACAGCCCCUUCACAUUUUCCUGAAAAAAAUGGAGCCGAGAAUGUGUUGACCCCACAACUCUUGCCUGGCAUGCAUAGGAUACCAGCAUUGGUUGGAUCAGAGCCUCUUCAACAGAACACAGUUGCCUUUUCGGGGAUAACUGAGGAAAUGACUUCUGUGAUGACUCAACCACACUACAUGCCUUUGAUGCUUCAAGGACAACAGGCUCUUAUUGGUUUGCAACAAGGACAUUCUCAUCAACCCUUUCAAGUCAACAUAAUGAAGGACACUGCCAUGUGGGGGCCUCAGCAUAGCUUUACUCUAUUUCAGCAACCCAAGCAGAGAAAAACGGAUAGGUGA